AUGAAUGAAAUUAAUUUUUAUUUGUGUUUGUUUUUUAUCUUUAAAAAUUUAUAAAUUAUUUCUUAAAAUCAAAACAAUUAAAGUUUUAAAAAAUCAAAGUUAAAAUAAAAGUAAAGCAUUAAAUUUAUGAAGUUAGAUAGCCUUUAGGAAAUUUUGUAAUCAGGCUCUUUUGAAGAAGAUAAUUUAUAACUUAAUCUAAGUUAAAUAAAGGAUCUCAAUAUAAAUAGUUUAGUGAGUAAGCUUUUAGAAUUCCUCCACCUGUAAAAUCUUACAGUUGAUUUGAAAUGUAAUUCCAACUGGAUUGAUGAGUUAAAUAUUUUUUUAAAUAUUUUGCCUUAAUUUAAUAAUUUAUUAUUUUUAAAUAUUGAUCUUAGUAAUAAUAAAAUUAGCUAAAAAUUAUGCAAAGAUUUAGGAGUAACUCUACCUGGAUGUAAAAAUUUAAUAUGUCUGAAUCUCAAUUUAAGCAACAAUAGUAUUUGCUGUUAAAGUAUCUCUUAUUUGGCAGUAUCUUUUCCCUAAAUUAAAUACCUUAAAGAGAUAUACCUUAAUUUAUCGUACAAUCUGAUAGAUGAUUAAGGUUUGAUUCAUUUAGGAAAUUCUUUAAGAAAAAGUCGAAGUAUCAUAAUAUCAAAAAUAUUUUUGUGGGUUAACGAAAAUUCAGCAGACGGAUAUAAAUUGUUUUUAAAUUAAUUGAAGAAAUCUUAAAAGCUUGUUAAAUAUAAAAAUUGA